GCAAGAGUGUGUUCAAAACCCUUAAACCUCUCUCACCAACUGAUUGAUUGAUCGCAUAUCAUCAUACAUAACUCCGCCUUCUUCCUCUUUCCUCCAAAACCCCAGAUUUUUGCAACUUCUGGGUAUUCGAUCUCCCGUUCGCAGAUCAUACGGUCUCGAGAACAUUUGGGCAAAUUAAAUGUCUCUAUCCCUAAAAAUUCCCCACAUUUCGAAUCUCUCCACCGAUGUGUUCAAUAGUGUAGAGCCUCUUAAGCAAUGCGGAGCCGGCCAUAGGUUGGAAAUCAGGUCGAUUUGUUUCCGUCGAAUCCCUGUUGUUGAACCUGGAAGGAUCCAUUGGAGCUCGGAGCUGUCUUCUCGGAGUUUUAGAAACCGAUGCGUCGGAUCGGGUAUGGUCGCUGGGGAAAUCUCCGGCAGAUCGGUCCCGGAAUGGGCAUAUAGCGGCUUAAAGGAUGAGACUUUAAGCGAUUUGGAGCCGGAGCUAGAUGGCGACGGCGGCGACAAUGGAAAUAACGACGGAGACGGGAAUAGUGGUAAUGGCGGCGGAGGAGAAGGCGGCGGCGGAGAUGAUGGAGAGGAUGAAGCAGAUAAAGCUGAGGAGAAGGAGUUUGGUCCGAUUCUGAAAUUCGAUGAGGUUAUGAAAGAGACAGAGCGUCGAGGGAUUACGCUACCGGAGGAUAUGUUGGAGGCGGCGAAAUCCGUCGGGAUUCGGAAACUGUUCCUUCUUCGUUACCUCGAUCUACAGGGCUCUGUUUGGCCACUUGGGUUUCUGAUGAGGACUUGCUCGAUGCUUCGAAACAGAAUGCUCGCAGAUCCUUCAUUUCUCUUUAAAGUUGGAACCGAGAUAGCGAUAGACUCUUGCUGUGCGACAUUUGCAGAAGUUCAGAAGAGAGGAGAAGAUUUCUGGUCGGAGUUUGAGUUGUAUGCAGCUGAUCUUUUGGUCGGUCUUGUGGUCGAUGUCGCUUUGGUUGGACUUUUGGCUCCCUAUGCACGUAUCGGGAAGACAUCUGUGGCAUCAUCAACAGGUUUAUUCAAGGGCCUUAAGCGUUCUUGUGCAGCACUUCCUAGCAGUGUCUUUGAAGCUGAAAGACCGGGUUGUAAAUUCUCUAUUAACCAGCGUGUUGCAACUUUCUUCUACAAGGGACUCUUGUAUGGGUCUGUUGGAUUCGGCUGCGGUCUCGUCGGUCAGGGGAUUGCAAAUCUGAUCAUGACGGCGAAACGGAGUAUAAAGAAAUCAGAAGAAGAUGUCCCUGUUCCACCUCUAUUCGAAAGUGCUGCUCUCUGGGGUGUGUUCCUCGGCUUAUCUUCCAACGCACGUUACCAAAUCAUCAACGGACUCGAACGCGUCGUGGAAGGUUCUACAGCAGCCAAACGUAUUCCUGUGGUUGCGAUGGCGUUUACAGUUGGAGUCCGGUUCGCUAACAAUGUAUACGGCGGUAUGCAGUUUGUGGACUGGGCUAAACUGUCUGGCGUCCAGUAUAAAAGGUCAAAAGGUUAUGUUUUUCAUCAGACGACGACAAUGGCCAAGGUUUCACAGCUUUCUCUUAUUUUCCGUGACAAUUUACAAACUACUCACCAGAACUCCAACAAAAACUCAGAUGCUGUCGAGAAAAAACUGUCGGAUCCAUCGCCGAACCAUAGCCGCGAUCAAUUGACAAGCCGGUUUGCUUCAUGGCCAUCGUUUCAGAUGCCUCUUCAUUAUCCGAAGUUCACAAAGGAAGAGUACGAGAUUAUGUCGGAGGAGAAUCUUGACCGGCUUCUCAAAGUAUACGGUCUGCCUACAGAUUUCAGUGACUUGUCUUGCAAGAAACAAUUUGCUGUCGGUGCGUUCUUGUGGGAGAAAGAGCUAAAUUCUUCUCCGGCUAAGCAUGAUUCAGUGAACCCUAAUUCUUCCGUUGGUGAUUUGGGCGGGAGUUCUUUGACGGGACUGAUGACGGGUUUGAAACAUAUGGUUCACUAUAUAUGUCGUGUUUAG